AUGGCAGGACAAUGGGUUACCACCCAGGAAGUUAUUGACGAGCUCAAUCGCGUCAAGGCGGAGAUGGCGACGUUGAAGGAGAGCUAUGUUGCGUCGUGCAUGGAGAUCCAAAGCUUGAAGUCCGCCAAGAAGACGUCAAAGGGGCCUAAGCCUCGCAAUGUUCGUGGCGUCUCCAGGAUGCGGAAUCUGGACGGCGAGGGGUUCGAGACUCCUGUGAAUCAUGUUGAUCCGGAAGAUGCUGAUGAUUCGGAAAAGGAAGAUGCCGACGGCGGCGAGUAUGACGGCACUGAUCCCUUGAAAGAGCCCGUCCAAGGCCGUCUCGAUGAUGCUAUCCAACAGCGUCUCCAGCAACUAGAAGACAUGAUCGCUCGCAUCCCUGGUGUCCCCAGGCCUAUGGAAAAAGCUACUCCUAACAGUUAUGCUGAUUCUCCUUUUGCAGAUCCCAUCGCGUUGAUCGAGGUGCCCAAGAGGUUCUCUGUCCCAUCCAUGAAGCUUUAUGACGGCACCGCAGAUCCCAACGACCAUGUCGCUCAGUACAAACAAAGAAUGAUCACCAUCUCAAUCCCAAAGAAUAUGCAGGAAGCGUGCAUGUGCAAAGGAUUUGGCUCUACGCUGACUGGGCCAGCUUUGCAGUGGUUCAUUAAUCUCAAUAACGGGACUAUCUCUUCUUUUGCUCAAUUGGUUAAUGCUUUUAAUAUGCAAUUUGCUAGUAGUCGCAAAAUGGAAAAACAAGCUAGCGACUUACACAAGAUUGUGCAAAAGUCUGACGAUCUCUUAAAGAAUUUGACGGCCAUCGAGGCGUUCAGACGUGGCUUGGACGAGGAAUCAGACCUCUACAAGGAGCUGACCAAAUAUCCAUGUCCGACGUUCGAAGAUGCUCAAGCCAAAGCGUUGGCCCAAAUCAGGCUGGAGGAAGACAUGCAGUCCAGAAAGGCCUAUGCCAAUGCCGACAGCCGGAAGGCGGCGUCCAACAAGCAAGCAUCGUGGCGUCAAAAGCCUUAUGAGCGCCCGCAGCAGGUUCAUAGCGUCCGUCAUGACGGACCAGCCAAUGAUUGGAAGAAUGAUCCCGGCCUUCCCCCCAAGCUAAGCGAAUAUGGCUUUCAACGUCACUAUGGGAGGAACGAGAAAUCGACGGCCCAUCGCGACAAAUCCAAAUGGUGCGAGUUCCACGGAGACCAUGGGCAUCACACCGACGAGUGUGUCGCUCUGAGGCGAGAGGUGUCCACCUGCUGA